CAAUUUUUACGGAAAUCAAAGAUGAUAUAAAAUAAAAUAUGACAGCUUAUAUUUAAGUAUAUGUAAUGUAAUAUGUUUAAGAAUUAUUAUUGGAAAUUAAAAAUACGAUUAGGUCUAUAAUUUUGUACUUUAAAAAAACAAGUUAAUUUUUUACAAGAAUAAAUAAUUAAUAAAUUAUUUUAAAUAACAAAUUGAACUCUGAACAGUAGUCAGUACAGACAGUUGAGACAGUGGGCCAGUGGGUAUGCCCAGACAGUGUGUACAGUUGUACAGUAUAGUGUAGAUAUAGACUAUAGACAGUAUAGUGUAGUUUAGUAUAGUUACAGUAUUGUAAAAAACUGUUUAUUACCAAUUCAUUGUCAGUUACCACCCCCCCCCCCGUAAGAAAAAUAUUUUUUUAGAAUUAUUAUAAGUUUAAUAUGUUUUAAUAUUUUACUUGUUUUUUUAAUAGACAGUAUAGUGUAGUUUAGUAUAGUUACAGUAUUGUAAAAAACUGUUUAUUACCAAUUCAUUGUCAGUUACCCCCCCCCCCCCCCCGUAAGAAAAAUAUUUUUUUAGAAUUAUUAUAAGUUUAAUAUGUUUUAAUAUUUUACUUGUUUUUUUAUAUUACCGGUACAUAAAAAAGGACUAAAAAUCAGUAAAAAAAGAAAAAUCAUACCAAAGCUAGUGACUCACUAGUGACAUUAAAAAUAGUCAAUUUAAUUAGGCUCAGACUUCCAUUACCAAAAGUAGUAGUAGUGGUCGUUUAGUAAUAGUAGUAGUUAUUGUGACCUCAGUGGACUGCCUAGAGGGUGUGAAGGGUAAAAAUGUCCCAGACACUUUAAGGGUUCAUACGAAAAUUAUAUAAAAUUAUAGAAAUUAAAGCCAAUGACUUAUUAUGUCUAUGAGUGUUUGUUAGGAGGGUGAACUUUUCCCCAAAGUUUGGGUGUUCGUUCAAGGUGGACUUGGACUUUAGUCAAGUACAACACUGUGGGGCCAUUAGUCACUUUAGAGCCUACAGGAAAGGUCCUGGUGCAGUCCAAAACAAAUCCAGGCACUUUGGGUAGAUAAAUUGGACUUCUUGUCAACCUUGAGAUGUAAUACCAUGGGAUUAAAAUCUGACAUACAAAAUUUGGAGUAUUUUACUCAAAAUAUCUGCAACACCUGGCAUCAAGGAACUUUGAAGUUUCAUUUUGUCCAUCUGUUCAAUGGGAUAUAGUUGAUUCUUCAGAAAUUUUGGUAAUUUUUGGUUUAAAAAAAGAAAGUGCAAUAUAUAAAUAUAAAAUAAACUUUGUAUACAAAGGACCUUUAUGAUAAAAUGUAAUGAUCCCCACCCCCCCAAAAAAAAACCAACAAAAAACACAUCACAUAUCUUCUCUACCAAAAUUAUUUUAAAAUAGCAACUAAAUCAACACAGCUAAAGCUGAACCUAACCAAUUGAUUAGUAGGCCUACUCAUGCGCAAGAAAAAAAUCAGACAGUAUUAAAACAAUGUAAUUAUGGGAGUUGUCUAGUUUUAAUGUCAUACUCUAAAGUUAUUCAAACAAGUGUCCUGGCUGAGACCGACUGACUGGGCGAUUUUAAUAAGCAUUAACUUUGGAAAAAAAAAACAAUAAUAACUAUGAUAAAUUUUCAUUUUUCAUAUUAGAAAAUAUGGGCCAUGUUGUCCACAACUCAGGCAAUUACAUAUGUGCCCUAUUUCAGUUUUGGGUCAAAUUGUAGAAACAUCAUUUUUUUUAAAAAUGUAAGUAAUGUAAGGACAUAUUUAUUGAUUCUCCAGAUCCAGUGACACCCUUUGCCAUUUUAUAAUCAUUUCCUCAGAUGUCAUUCCAGAACAAAACCAAUUGUAUUCUUCUUUUUAAUUAUCUUCAUAAUUAUCUUUUACAGCAUGUCUAAAGAAACCAGCAAUUUUGUUUACAAUCACUGGAAAAACUUGACAAACACCCUCAACUUAUCACCAAAAAUAAGUGAAAACUGGUGGAGUGUUAUUUUUCGGCAUUACACUCAAGAAUGGCGCCAUUAUCAUUCAUUAUCACAUAUAGAAAAUUUGCUUCAGCUUUUUGAUCAAUGGAGGCAGAGGAUAGUGGAGCCAGAAAAUGUUGCUCUUGCUAUUUUUUUUCAUGAGUAAUUCUUUUUGUUGUUGAAACAUUAGUGGAUAUCAUAAUUUACAAAAAUAAUGCUAAUAUAAAAAAAUAAUGACAAUUUUAAUCUAUUUUUAUGCAAAGUAGGCCACCUUUGACACCAAUCUGUAUUUAUUGAGUUGAUAUGGUUUUGCAGAGACUUAGCCUCCAUAGUUUUUAAAAAUAUAUUUUUUAGUAGAGAAAAAUAUGCCAUUUCUGUGUCUUAUCUUCCUCUGCCUAUUUUGCCUUGGCUGAGCUUGCCACCACCUGUGCCAUCAAUGUAUGCACCCAUCUAACAGUUUUUGAAGUUAUUCAUUAAAAUAGAAAAAACUUAACAAUGAUGAUUUUGAUUUAUUUUUUCAGCAUUGUCUACAAUCCAACAGCCAGGGAUAAUGAAGAUCGCUCUGUGAUUAUAUUCAACAAAUUUGCUGAUGAGGCCAACCUGGUACCUUUUUUUAAAUUUUAUUCUUUAAUUAAAAAUUGUGUAACCUGUAUGAUGACAAUAUAAAGCAUAUAAAUGGUCUUUAUAUAGGACCCAGUAACUUAUAAAUGUCCAAACAGAAAGAGCAUUGACUGCCGCACCAAAUCUUAUUUUAAUAAAACUGAUACUGAUAUUGACAUUGGAGUCAUUGGAUGGUUUUUGCAAUGAAAAGCUACAGUUGUGUUUGCUGUAUGGGAGGGGUAGGUAAGAGGGGUUCAGUGUUGGAAGGUGAAAGAAAGGAUGAGAUGGAGGUCAUGGGUGGGAAAGGUAAGAGGGAUUCAGUGUUGGAAGGUGAAAACAAGGAUGAGAUGGAGGUCAUGUCAGUAACAAUGAAUGAAGUACACCAGUUCAUUAACACCAAUGAUCAACUUGCCAGCUGUUGGUAUCUAAUCCCGUAACCCUUAAAUUCUCACAACACACACCACAAUAUAGCUGCAAGUGCAAGAUCAUCUAGGGGCACAUGACUCAGAAUCAGUUGGCAAUAUGAUUUUUUAAUUUUUCCCCCACCAUUAGUAUUUUUUUCCUUUAUCAUUUUCAGGGCAUAACUGCUAAACUUGCUGUGACUGACAUGAUCAUUGCCACAAAAUACCAUGUACUUUGUAAUCGGGAUGAUUCAGAUUUGUGUUUCUUUCUUGACUUUGACCUAGCAAUUAUGGGACAAAAAGAAGAAGGUAUUACCUGACCUCUCAUUUAUUACAUAGAAAUGGAAACAAGGAACUAAACUCUCAAUAAGUUUUAUUUUCAUUAUAUUGUUUUCAGUAUUCCUUUAUUCAUGUCUCCAUUCAUUUUUUUAAUGAUGAUUGUUACCUAUCAUUUAAUGGUUUUUGUGAAUGUAAUAUGUUUUAAUAUUUGACUUGUUUUUUUUAUAGUACCGGCACAUAACAAAGGAUUAAAAACCAGCAUACCAAGAAAAGUCAUACCAAAGCUAGUGAUAUUAGCAAUAUUCAAUUUAAUUCUACUUUUAAAUUUAUAUAAAAAUUCAACAGAGCGUACACAGCAAGUGAAACAGUAUAUUCCUAAAAAAUACAAAUAUUAAUAUACACACACACAUAAAAAGUACAAUUUUUUAAGUACAGGUAUAUUGCCUCUCAUAAAUGUCUAGGAAAAUAGCAAAAAUUGCUUGUUUUUACUCAAAACUAAAUCAAAAUGUAGGCUAUAGCAGUGAAAGGUCAGAAAAAGGUGUUUUAUGUAAUUGUUGAACUUAGGCCUAAUAUAUCUUAGACAAUUAGAGUUAGAGCAUGGGACAUAAAACUAGGCAUACUGUGCUUACAUAGUUAAUACUUUAAAAAAUCUUUAGCCAUAUGAGGACAUGCUGGGUGACUUUUCAACAAAGGAACUACUUAAAUAAAAAUAAGUAACAAGAGAAAAAUAUUUGUUUGUCCUCUCUCUUUAGUAUACAGAGAAUAUUCAGCUAAAAUAAGAAGAGAAUAUGAUCACUACGAUGAUUCAACUUACAGAACAGGCAGAACUGCUGUAAGUCUAAAUUAAUUAAUGAACACAUUGAGAGAAGAGUUGAGAAUCAUAACUAUUAUUUUAAAUGCUAAUUUUCAACUAGUGACACCAAGGGAGAAAAAUGUUCAAUACCGGCAUUGACAUUUUUUAUAGGUGAAGCAAAAUUUUUUUUUUUUAAUUCUAUAUUUAUAAUAUCAUCAAAUAUGAAGAUAAAACGACCUUAAAUUAUAUUUAUAUAGUUAUAAUAACAUCAAAUAUGAAGAUAAAAGGACUCAGUUACAGUAAUAUAAAGAAAUUUUAUGCUACAUCUAACCACAUGAGAAUGAGACAAGGGAGAAUGAUGAGAACAUUUCUUUGGGAAAUUUAACUUUCUAAACUUCCUUGUCAUGGUAUUGCAAAACUUUGUGAUUUCAUUUGUCACUCAUUGUGAUGUCAGUGCUGUGAAGGUUAGGUUACUCUACCAUGACAAAGUUACAUUUACAAGACUGCCAUUUUAUGAUAUGAAAGGUAGACACCCCCCCCCCCCCAGCGUUUUGUGUAACUUAUCCAUUAAAUUAAGAGUAAUGAUCUGAAGAAAAGUUCAGGCUGACAGCAAAAAACAGGAUGCCUACUGAAAUGUAUGUUCUUAUCUGUAUUCAAAUGAAAUAAUUUCACCACCUUCAAAUGAAGCCAAUGGAGUAAUAACAUUAAAUAACAUUUUUUAAUGCUGCUAACUAUGAUACAAUACAUUUUAGGGAGUGUGGGUUAAAUUAAUGCCUAAUUUAGUUUGAUAAGAAUAUUUUUCUUCUAAUUAUAUACGUUGAUGUAUAUUCGUGUACUUCAGAUCUUACAAACUCUACUGAACUCUCCAUCACUUUACAGCUCAGAAGAAAUGAGGCAAGAGUUUGAAGCACAGGCCAGAAUAAACAUGAUUCAGGAAAUUAAAAACUUGCAGUCAAAAUUCUAAUUACCGAUACCAUAAUGACAUUUAAAUAUUUCAAGACUUGUAGAUUAUUUCAGUUUCUUUCCCUUUCUUUCAUUCCUUUCACAUAAUCUGGCAUAUCAACUAUUUUCCUGUAAAUUAUUUCGCAUUAAUGUUUGAAUUGAUAGGCCUAUAUGGUGAACGGUAUCAUUCUAAAAUCUCACGGGAUGUUGUCUUCCGAUAAAAUAAAAAGUUUAAGCCCUAUAAUUAAAAAUUUAUAUUUUAAAAUGUGUUGUUAUGUUUCAGUUAUUAUUAACUUGUUAUUUUUUGUUAUGAAAAUUACCCUUGACCUAGAAUGUUAACAUUUCUUCAUCCCUCGGUAUAAUAUGGAAACAAAGUCAGAGACUCAUGGUGAUGUACAGUUUCAUAUCGACUAUAAACAACAACCAGAGUUAUGCCAAAGUUGAAAUUGUUGAGUUUUUCGAGUCAAG